GAAUUGUAUUGUUGUGUGAAAAACAUUUUAUCAGAAACUAUUUUAAAAUCUCAUAUCCAAUGUUAAAAGUAAUAUUAAUUCUUUAAUUUAUAAAUUAAUUAUGAAGUUACUUAAGCCAGCAUUCGUUCACAAUUCAGAUAAACCAAUUUUUUCCAUUGAUAUUCAUCCAAAAGAGUCAAAAUUCGCUACGGGUGGUCAAGGAAAUGACUCAGGACGAGUUACAAUAUGGAACCUCGAACCAGUUAUAUCAGAAAAAGCUGAAAUGGAUCCAAAAGUUCCUAAAAUACUUUGUCAAAUGGAUAAUCAUCUGAGUUGUGUAAAUGCUGUUCGAUGGUCUUGCAAUGGAUUAAUGCUUGCAAGUGGAGCUGAUGAUAAGCUUUUAAUGAUAUGGAAGAAAGCUCCCGGUCCAAGUGGAAGUUUUGGAUCGUCAGGAAUGACAAAAAAUGUUGAAAACUGGCGAUGCUUCGCUACACUUCGAGGACAUGCUGGGGAUGUUCUUGAUUUGGCAUGGUCACCACAAGAUCGUUGGCUUGCUAGCUGUUCCAUUGAUAACUCAAUCAUUGUUUGGGAUGCGCAAUCAUUUCCAACAAUCAUAGCAAUGCUUAAAGGACAUUCUGGACUUGUCAAAGGAGUAACUUGGGAUCCUGUUGGUAAAUUUCUUGCAUCACAAAGCGACGACAAAUCAGUAAAAAUCUGGAAAACAUCAGAUUGGACAAUUCAAACAACAAUCACAGAACCUUUUGAAGAAUGCAGUGGAACGACACACAUUCUUAGACUGAGUUGGUCACCAGACGGUCAGUAUUUAGUGUCAGCGCAUGCAAUGAACGGCGGUGGUCCGACAGCACAAAUAAUUGAAAGAGAUGGAUGGAAAUGCGAUAAAGAUUUUGUUGGUCAUAGAAAAGCUGUGACUUGUGUAAGAUUUCACAAUUCGAUUCUGAAAAGACAAGCACCGAAAAACAACAAACUUCAACAAUAUUGUUGUCUUGCAAUUGGUUCACGUGAUCGAUGUUUGUCUGUUUGGAUGACUGCACUUCAACGUCCACUUCUUGUAAUUCGUGAUCUCUUCGAUGAUUCUAUCCUUGAUUUGAGUUGGUCUCAUGAUGGUUACAUUCUGCUUGCAUGCAGUGGCGAUGGAACAGUCGCUUGUCUGCAAUUCAGUGAAGAUCAAUUGGGAAGGCCUCUUUCUGAAGAAGACAAGAAUUCGUUAUACCAACGACAGUAUGGAAAAGACGCAACAAUUGACAUUUCAUCACAAGCUGAGAAGGAAAUGAUUAUUGAGAAUUCAGAUCUUCUCAGCAUUUCUUUGGAGAAGCCUCGCGGACCUCCAGUUUUACUACCGACAGCUCCAGUCAAGGAACCCACACCAAUAGCUUUUAAAUCACCACAAAAAAUCUCUUCAUCGUCAGUCGCUCCAUCUCCAAACAAGCCAAUCUUGAAACAAGUCGAGACAAAAACUGCUGAUGGAAAGCGAAGAAUUACGCCAAUGUUUAUACCAUUAACAGAAGAAGCACCAGCGACAUCAUCAGAACUCUCAUCAAGUUCACAAGCUCGCUCACAAAUCUUCAUUGAGAAGAAGACUGAAGCAGUGAUGACUGAGAGUUCGCCAACUCAAACACAACAACCACAAAUAACGCCAGUGACUGAACCACUUAAAUUAGACACAAGACUUGCUUUCCGUGACACUCCAUUAAAGCCGACGAGUAGUUUUGGUGAUGCCCAUUCAAAUCUUGCAUCACCAGGAAUGAUUACAACGAAAAAUGCAAUUCCAAUUGUGAAAAUGAAUGCUGGAAAAGCGACAGCAAUUGUCGGUGGACAAUGUGUUAAAAUUGCGGGCGAUUUUCGUGUUCAGGUUUUCAAUGAUUCAAAUAAAACUCAAUUUGGGACGAUAAGUCGCGUUGUGUGUAUGAACAUGUCACAACAACAAGUCGCUGAUAAGAAAGCUUGGGAAAUGGCAGUUGGAUCGACAGUAACAGCUUUCAGUCUUUGCAGUAAAUAUGUGUUGAUUGGAGCGUUAGAUGGAUCAGUUCGUUUGAUUCACAUCAAGAAUGGUCGAUUAGUUGUUCCUGUUUUAAAUCAAGCGAGUCCGAUCGUGUUGAGUGCUUUUAGUCCGAAUUCAAUUCUUGGUGGUGUGUUGACAGAAAGCGCUCAUUUAAGCGUUUGGAAUGUUGACAAGAUGAAAGUUCAUAUGCGGUCGUCAUGUACGGACGUUAUCAAUGGAAAUGGUUUCAUAAACAUGUUUUAUGUGACUGACAAUGGAAUUCCAUUCAUCAGUUUAAGUACUGGAAAUGCUUACAGUUAUUGUGCUGAUCUUGAAAGUUGGAUGGUGGUGAAUGCAAGUGAUGCUGUCACAAAAUGUGGUCUCAAUGGUGCCAUUACAAAUGUGAAGAACAUGAAACAAUAUCCAUUAGCGACUGUUCAGUUUAUUUCGAAUUCAUUUCAACAGAAAUCCAAAAUUGUCAUCGAUAUGUCUGAAAACAUUUACGAAGCACAAUCGAAAAUUUCCUUCAUUGAACAUCAAAUUCAACUUUGUUUGACUGUAAAUUCUCCAUUUGAAUUGAAGCAUUGGUAUUCUGUGUUAGGAUAUCAACUUGCAUCACAUGGAAAAGAGAAAAAGAUUCGACAAGUUCUUGAUGAUCUUCUUGGACCCGUUUACAGUCUUCAAAAUAAUCCUGAAGAUCGAAAGAAUCACAAACUUCUCACAAUUCAUAAACAUGAUCUUUUGAAGGAAGUUUUAAAUAAUUUACAGACGUCAACAAAAUGGCAGAGAAUCUUUAUGGAGUACAAAGAUCAGCUGAAUGAAAUUGAGUCAGUUGUGAAGCAAAAUGGAACGAAUGAAGAUCAACUGAUGGUUACAGAAUAGAUGUUAAUUAAUUAAUAUCAUCAACUCAAUUAACAUUUAAAGUUAAUAAAUAUUCAUAUUUAA